CAUUCGUUAUCCUCAAUUUGUUAGGUUCGUAUAAAAAUACAAAUAAAGUUGAAACAAUGAAUGUGGCCGCUAUAUUUUUCUGCCUUGUAGCAACAUUUGGUCACGUUUAUUUAGAAGAACAGCUCGAUGGUAAAGUGGCAGUCGUGACCGGCGGAGCUAAAGGCAUUGGCUACGCGAUCGGAGACAAUUUCCUAGAGUAUGGGACCAAAACCGUGGUUAUUGUCGACAAAAAUCGAUUAAGAGGUUUGAAAGCAGAGAAGGACCUUAACUGUAAACACGGCGCCAACAGAACUGUGUUCAUUUAUGGCGACAUCACUAAAGAUCUGGAUAGAGUGUCUAAACAAAUCUUCCAAAAGUUCAGGUACGUCAAUAUCCUUGUGAAUAACGCUGGUAUACUGGACGAAUAUGACCCAAAGAAGACAAUUGAGACUAAUGCGAUGGGUACCGUACUAUGGGCAGACAGGUUCUACAAUUGCAUGAGAAAGGACAGGGGAGGCAGAGGAGGAACCAUCAUCAAUAUAGCAUCUAUCUCUGCUUACAUGAGUGAUCCGUUCUUGUACUUUUAUAAAGCAUCGAAGUUUGCUGUCCUUGGCCUCACCUUGGGCAUGGGGCAUGAAUACAAUUAUUUGUUUACUGGAGUAAGAAUGUUUGCAAUAUGUCCUGGUGCUACACGCACAGAUAUGACACGACAGGAAGUCACAACUGUGGAAGAACAAAGAGAAGUCUUUGAGAAAUUCUCGAAAACCUUAAAAUAUCAGUCACCUGAUAACGUAGGGAAAGCUGCAGUUCUGCUGUACUGGACUGCCACUACUGGCACGGCUUAUACUGUCCAAGACGGGCAACCACCAAUAGUGUCUCCUGACAGAGUGAAUAUUACUAUGGAGGCUAUACUUAACGUUAUACACCAGUGA